UUUCAGACAAGUGACAAGUGCUGCAGAGUGCUGGUCGGUCGUGGCUCGCUCGCUCCUGUGACUGACUGCGCGAUUCUGACCUUGGAAAUUAAAACCCCACGCCGCCUGCAAGCAGGGCGCCGAACGGACUGCUUACAGCUGAGCAAGGAGGAAAACUUUUUCCUGGACAGUUUUCUGCACAGGUGUAACCCCCUUAUAAUUAAAAAAGGGGGUGGGGGGGUUAACAAAGUAGAUCAUUUAUUGCGUGACUUUUUUGUCAGUGCACGACUUUGUUGGUUUUUUUUUUUUUAUUGAGCGCACCUUUCCAUUUUGCGAGGACUUGUUGCAAAACAAACCAGAAAAAGACAGGUCAGCGCUCGACUUAAGUCCAGACAAGAGAGCGAGGUUAAAACUACGUUCAUGAGUGUGAUAUACAGCCUGGAUUCUCAGUGCGUCUCGCCACCAUGCCCAAUGAACUGGGCAAUGGAGCCUGCCAACUUCUACGACAGUAAGGUUAGCGCCGCUCAGGGGAUCUGCAAGCCCGGCCGCGGCGAGGAGAGCAGCCUGGCGGAGCUCAGCACCGCUCCGGCCAUGUACGACGACGAGAGUGCCAUCGACUUCAGCUCCUACAUCGACUCCAUGCCCUCCGUGCCAAACCUGGAGCUGUACAACGACGAGCUCUUCGCGGACCUCUUCAACAGCAGCGUGAAGCAGGAGAAAGCGGACUUCAACUACCUGCACGCUAACGCUGCGCCCGGCAACCUGCACGUCUCCUCCUCCUCCUCCUCGUCCUCCGUCUCCCCUGCCGCCGGCGUGGGCAGCCAGAAGGACUUCGUGGACAAGCAGGAUGGCAGCUUCCAGAAGAGGGUGUUCAGCGCCCCCAUCAAACAGGAGUCGGACUGGAGUGACAGCGACAUGUCCUCGUCCCUGCCCUCGCAGAUCGAGACCUGCGCGCAGACCGCCGUGAGCCUGCACACGGGGCAGCCCACGCCGCCGACCACUCCGGAGCCCUCGUCGGUCCACCCCGGCUCCCGAAAGAGCGGCAAGGACAAGGGGAAAAAGGCUGUCGACAGGUACAGCCCGGAGUACCGCCAGAGGCGGGAGAAGAACAACAUCGCCGUGCGGAAGAGCCGGGACAAAGCGAAGCAGCGCAAUUUGGAAAUGCAGCAGAAGAUGAUCGAGCUGGGCGCGGAGAAUGACCGCUUGCACAAAACCAUCGAGCAGCUCACCCGAGAGCUGAGCAGCCUCCGGAAUUUCUUCAAGCACCUUCCCAGUUCCUCCUUCGUGGGCUCCACGAGUGCCGAGUGUCGGUGACAAGAACAAACUUGCUAAAAUGUUUAACGGACUUCUUUUUUGUUUUUUUAAAAAAAAA